AUGGAGGCUACAACAAAGUCUGGGGAUACCAUCACGCUAGAUACGACGCAAGACACUGGCCUUGGCUUUCGCCCGGGAGACAUUGUGCACUUUUCGAAGAGCCUGCGUCACGGCAAAGUCGCGCUCAUUCGGGGUAAAGCAGAUGGACUCUUGUGGUUCUCUGUUUUUCAUACUGUAGAGGAUGCGGAGGCACCGGCGGCGUUGCGGGCCCCGGUGGAUACCGCCAGUUGCCGCACCAAGGAAGAGUUCAUACGGAGUUUUGGAUGGGUGUUGGAUUCGAAGUCAAACUCUGCAGCACAAGGCGAGGGCGCAGCAACUAACUGA